GGAACUACGUCUUUAGCAGCUUGUUGCUGAGGGGAUCCUUUUACAGGGACACAAAACCGGAUUAGAAUAGAUUGCAGAUGACUUCAUGAACUACCUAAAGUGUUUAUCCUGAUUAAAUAAACAGCAUCUAGGUUCUGCCAUGGCAGAUGGUGUGGACCUCAGCCGAAAGUUUGUGUCAGAGUCUGAAUUAGACGAGAUUAGGAAAAAAAGGCAGGAGGAAUGGGAGAAGGUCCGCAAGCCAGAUGACCCGGAGGAGGCCCCCGAGGAGGAGUAUGACCUCCGAUCUCUGUAUGAGAGGCUACAAGAGCAGAAAGACAAGAAACAGGAAGAAUAUGAGGAGCAGUUCAAAUUCAAGAACAUGGUUAAAGGCCUGGAUGAAGAUGAGACCAGCUUUCUUGACGAGGUCUCACGGCAGCAGUCUCUAAUAGAGAAGCACAGACGGGACGAGGAAGCUCAGGAGAUAAAAGAAUACAGGAUAUCCUUUUACACCUUAAAGCGCACACAAUAUUACUGUCAUGGCUCUUAAAAAUUGACAGGGAGUUUUGCUUUCCGCCUGAGUCUGUCUCCAC